UUUCUUUCAAACCUAUCAUCUUCCCACUCCCUCCUUCUUCAUCUUCUCAAAAACCUAAGAACUCAGAGAAAAUUCGAUAAAAUCCAAAAUCAAAAUCACUAAAGGAACAACAAAUCUGAAAUCUCCACUCUCGCUUUCGAUUUCUCAGAUUCUAGAUCUUGUUUCAAUUUUCCUUGGGUUUAUAGAUUCCCUAAUUUUUCUAGGGUUUUUUUUUUAUGCGAUGGAAGAAGUUUCGACGGUGAAUGAAAUUGAAAAUCGGAAGACGAUGAUUGAGCCGAAGAAGCCGAAUAAGCGGAAGAGAGAACCCGCGGCGGUUGAGAAUCUAACUUCUGAGGAGAAAGAAGCUCAGAUCUCGUCGUUGAAUUUAGAGAUGAAAGGGCUUUUCGCGUAUUUUCGAGAAGUUAUGGAUCAGAGUAAGAGAACAGAUCUGUUUUCUAGGUUUAGUGAAUGUUCGUCUGUGAAUUCAAUGGUGGCUUUGUUGAUGGAGGAGAUGAGUUUGCCAUUGUCGAAGCUUGUUGAUGAGAUUUACUUGAAAUUGAAGGAGAAGAUUGAAAGUGUUACUAUUGUAGCUGUGAAGAGUGCUGUUGUUUCUGUAGGUCAGAGAGUGAGUUAUGGUGUGCUUAAUGCAGAUGCUGAUGUUUUGGAGGAUGAUACUGAAUCUUGUCUUUGGUGCUGGGAGACGAGAGAUCUGAAAAUGUUGCCGAAUUCUAUCCGUGGAGUGUUAAAAAUUCGCCGGACUUGUAGGAAGAAGAUUCAUGAAAGGAUUACAGCAGUUUCUGCAAUGUUAGCGGCAGUACAAAGAGAAGAAACUGAAAAGUCGUGGAGAUCUGAUUUGAGCAAAGCUUCUGAGAAGCUUGGUAAAAUACUGAAUGAGGUGGAUAUUCGAUCAUUCAUGGAUAACAUGAUGCAGAAGAACAGCACAGAGAUGGCUGAGAAAGACUCAAAGAGAGAAGAGAAGCUGCUUCUUAAACAGUUGGAGAAAAGUAGAUGUGAAGCUGAGAAGGAAAAGAAGAGAAUGGAACGUCAAGUAUUGAAAGAAAGAUUGCAACAAGAAAAAGAGCAGAAGCUACUGCAGAAAGCAAUUAUCGAUGAAAAUAAUAAAGAAAAGGAAGAGACUGAGUCAAGAAAACGGAUAAAGAAACAGCAAGAUGAGUCGGAGAAGGAGCAGAAGCGUAGAGAGAAGGAACAAGCCGAGCUAAAGAAGCAACUUCAAGUACAGAAACAAGCUUCAAUCAUGGAGCGGUUUCUUAAAAAAAGUAAAGACAGUUCAGUGACCCAACCCAAACUUCCUUCCAGUGAAGUAACUGCUCAAGAGCCGUCAUGUACAAAACAUGAUAAUGAAAGUGGAACAGUUAUUCAGGCCAUCGACAACGCCUUUUCAACUACUUGUGAAGCUACAGUUGAUGAUAUUCGCAGGGAACACUUUGCUUCCUGGCGUCAGUUGGGUCAUUCGCUCUUGAGUUCGAAAAAACAUUGGGGGAUGCGUAGGCAGCCUAAGAGUGAACUGUUUCCAAAACUAAAACUAGCUACAUCUGAUGGUGAACCUAACAUGGAGAAGCAUGGGGAUGGACAUGAAGAGAAAAACUUUGAUGGUGUAACUUGCAUUAGGCAGUGUGAGUCUUCCUCAUCUGAUCGUAAGAAGUCCAGGAGGGCCAAGCAGUUGCUACAAUUUGAUAAAAGCUGCAGACCAGGCUUUUAUGGUAUCUGGCCUAGCCAAAGUCAAGUUGUAAAGCCACGUCGUCCUCUGCAAAAGGAUCCAGAAUUGGAUUAUGAAGUUGAUAGUGAUGAAGAAUGGGAAGAGGAAGAAGCUGGUGAAAGCCUUUCAGAUUGUGAGAAAGAUGAAGACGAAAGUUUGGAAGAAGGAUGUUCAAAGGCUGAUGAUGAAGAUGAUAGUGAAGAUGACUUUAUGGUUCCUGAUGGAUAUCUAUCAGAAGAUGAGGGGGUACAAGUGGACAGAAUGGACAUUGAUCCGUCUGAACAGGAUGCAAGUACGCCAUCAUCUAAGCAAGAUCAAGAAAGUCAAGAGUUUUGCAUAUUACUCCAACAACAAAAACAUCUGCAAAGUUUAACUGACCACGCUCUCAAGAAAACGCAGCCACUGAUCAUAUGUAACCUAACGCAUGAGAAGGUCCCUCUCUUAGCUGCUAAAGAUUUAGAAGGGACACAAAAAGUGGAACAAAUAUGUCUGCGAGCUCUCGUAGUGCGACCAUUCCCUUGGUCUUCUCUCAUCGAGAUAUCAAUCAAUGACAUUCAAGAUGAGGAUCUAGAAACCAACAAGUCUACUUGUAGCCAGAGCACUCCUCCAUCUAAUUCAAAAGCAAAAUCCAUACCAGACUCAGAUUUGCUUACAGUUGUAUCAACUAUUCAAUCAUGCUCUCAAGGUAUCAAUAGAGUAGUUGAAACAUUACAGCAGAAGUUCCCUGAUGUUCCAAAGACCAAGCUUAGACAAAAAGUGCGUGAAAUAUCAGAUUUCGAGGAUAGUCGUUGGCAGGUAAAGAAAGAAGUAUUAACAAAGCUUGGAUUAUCACCGUCACCAGAUAAAGGCGGUAAGAGAUUACCGAAAACAAUAUCUACAUUCUUCUCAAAACGCUGUUUGCCUCCAUCCACAAAGCCACAACCUGCAGUUGAAGACGCAUCAGAGAGAUUGGAAAACGAAAAUGCUUGAGUCUCUGCACAGUUUCCAUCUUUUUUUUUGGUUACAUCCCUCAACUUGGCUAAAUCCUUUUUGUUUGCUUCUUGUGGAUACAAAUGUAUGAUGCAUAAUAUCUCAGUAAAGUAAUGUAGUUGAGGGAAUGAUAAAAUGGUUUAAGAAGCAACAUGAAAUAGUGAAAUGUUUUGUUCA